UAAAGAGGCUGACCCAGCAGAGAGUGGAGGAGAAUUAUAAGGUGCAGGAAAACAGCAGCACCAGACCAGACCAGGCAUCUGCUUGACUCACCACAACCUGCUCUGCACCAUGGGGAAGGACGGGCUGCCCAGCAAACCAAACAUCUUCCUCCUUCUCCUCUUCUUCCUUCCUGGAAACACCUCUCCCACCACAGAACCGCAGUACAUGGUGCUGCUGCCCUUUCUGAUACACACGGAUUCUCCUGAGAAAGUCUGCGUUCAGCUGACCCACCUGAAUGAGUCUGUGACGCUGAGUGCCACACUCGAGUAUCAAGGGGAAAACAGGAGCUUGAUUGAUGACGUGGUGUCAGAGAAGGACGUGUUCACCUGCAUCCCUUUCUCUCUUCCAAAAUCCAAUAGCACAUCAGUGGCAUUUCUCACUGUGAUGUUGAAGGGGGCAACACUGCAGUUCACGAGCCGCAAGUCGGUGCUGGUCAAGAAUCCUGAGAGCUUGGUCUUCGUCCAGACAGACAAACCCAUCUACAAGCCCGGACAGACAGUUCUGUUUCGGAUCGUCUCUCUGGACAAAGACUUCUACCCGCUGAAUGAGAAGUUUCCGUUUGUCUAUGUUCAGGAUCCCCAGAGAAACCGUGUGUACCAAUGGCAAGGGGUGGAACUAGAGACCGGCCUUACGCAGCUCUCCUUCCCUCUCACCUCAGAGCCCAUCCAAGGCACCUACAAAAUAGUCGUGCAGAAGAGCUUCUCGUCCUAUGUGAAGCACUCCUUCACAGUGAAGGAAUAUGUGCUGCCCAAGUACGAGGUCCUGGUGAAGCUGCCCAAGGCGAUCACUAUCAAGGACACGGAGCUUCCAGUGUCCGUCUGCGGUCUGUACACCUACGGGAAACCUGUUCCUGGUUUGGUGAAUGUCCAAGUGUGCCGGAAUUUUUCCCAUUCUGCUUCAAAUUGUUAUGGAAAAGAAGCAGAAGCUGUGUGUGAAGAAUUCACUAGGCAGGCAGAUGCCCGUGGGUGUGUUUCUGGUGUAGUAAGUACCAAGAUAUUUCAGCUCCAGCGCAGGGGAUAUGAGAUGGGCAUUGAAGUGCACGGCAAGAUCACAGAAGAUGGCACAGGAACAGAGAUGACUGGAACAGGCUCCUGUGGAAUCACAUCUACCAUGAGCAAAAUCAGCUUUGACCUGCUGGACUCUCAGUACAGACCAGGGAUCCCACUCUUUGGGAGGGUGAAGCUGGUAAAUGGCACCAAUGCUCCUAUUGCCAAUGAAACCAUCAUGAUUUCUGUGGAUGGAGACAGAUACAAAGGGAAUUACACUACAGAUGAGCAGGGACAAUCCUGGUUUUCCAUAGACACUACCACCUUCACACAAGCUUCCCUGGAAAUCCGAGCUGAUCAUAAACCUGAACUGAACUGCUAUGACAGCAGCUGGAUCACACCUUCAUAUGAGCAUGCCGUGCGUAGAAUAAGUCGGUUUUACUCCGCCAGUAAGAGUUUCCUCAAAAUUGAGCCAAAGCCUGAGACAUUAAGUUGUGGCUUCCCCACGGAGAUCCAGGUGCACUAUAUCUUCACACCAGAGGCCAUAGGGGAGCAGAAGAAAAUUGUCAUUUACUAUUUGGUGAUGGCCAAGGGAGGCAUUAUGUUAGCAGACACCCAUGAUCUGACUGUGAAUCCUGGAGAGGCUUAUGGGACGUUUCAGUUGACCUUCCCUGUUGAGGCAGCAAUUGCUCCCCUGGCACGGAUGCUUGUGUACACCACUUCACCCAGUGGGGAAGUCAUCGCCAGUUCAGCAGAUUUCCAGGUUGAAAGUUGCCUCCCCAAUAAAGUCAGACUGAGUUUUGCACCCAAGGAAGGUCUUCCUGCCUCCAACACACGCCUGCAACUCCAUACCACACCAAGGUCCCUGUGCGCCCUCCGUGCUGUGGACAAGAGCGUGCUCCUCAUGAAGCCUGAAGAUGAGCUCUCUCCCAGCUCUGUGUAUGAUCUUCUCCCACUGAAGGAAAUCCGGGGCUAUAGCUUCAAGGACUACUACCUGGAAGAAGACAAUGUAAACCCUUGUGUGUCACUUGACAACAGGUUAUUAAAUGGAUUCAUCUACGUACCCAUUUCUCCUGAUGGCGAAGGUGAUGCCUAUGACAUUCUCAAAGAAUUGGGCUUAAAAGUCUUCACUAGCACCAAGAUCCAUAAGCCUGAAGUCUGCCAGCAUUACCCAGGACACACGAUGGAAAGGAGUUACGGUAGUUCUAUCACUGCACUGAGUCUGCUUGAAAAUUUGGACUAUGAAAUAACGGAUCAUAUGGAUGCUGGCAAUCCUGUGGCGACCAUCCGGAAGUACUUCCCUGAGACAUGGAUCUGGGACAUAGUUUCAGUGAACUCUGAGGGAAAUGCUGAUCUAGAUGUGACCAUCCCUGACACCAUCACCGAGUGGAAAGCCAAUGCCUUCUGCACUUCGGCAGACACGGGCUUUGGCCUGUCCCCGACAGUGUCCCUCAGAGCCUUCCAGCCCUUCUUUGUAGAGCUCACAUUGCCCUACUCUGUGGUGCGUGGGGAGGCCUUCACGCUGAAAGCCACCGUUUUCAACUACCUGACCGCCUGCAUCAGGGUCAGCGUGUCUCUGGCUGAAUCUACUCAUUUCCUGGCUACACCAGUAGAGAAGCAGGAAGAAUCCUACUGCAUCUGCACAAAUGAAAGGAAAACUGUGGCUUGGGCAGUAACGCCAAGAUCUCUAGGGCAGGUGGAGUUCUCAGUGAGCACUGAGGCCCUGCAGGACCAGCAGCCCUGCGGGAACACCAUCGUGGAGACCCCUGAGAAAGGGCGGAAGGACACGGUCAUCAGGCAGCUGCUGGUGGAGCCGGAAGGGACUGAGGUGGAAACCACCUACAACUCUGUGCUCUGUGCAUCUGAAGAGUCAAUGUCAGAGCCAGUUUCCCUGGUUCUCCCAGAGACUGUGGUGGAUGGCUCAGCCAGGGCAUAUUUCUCAGUGCUAGGAGACAUCAUGGGCACUGCCAUGCAGAACCUGCACCAGCUCCUCCAGAUGCCCUUCGGCUGUGGGGAGCAGAACAUGGUCCUGUUUGCACCCAACAUCUACGUUCUGGACUAUCUGAACAAGACAGGGCAGCUGAGUGAGGAGGUCAAAUCCAAGGCCAUCGGAUACUUAGUGACCGGGUACCAAAGGCAACUGAACUACAAACACUGGGAUGGUUCUUAUAGCACCUUUGGGCCCCAUUCUGGGCAAGUUGGGAAUACCUGGCUCACAGCCUUUGUCCUCAAGUCCUUUGCCCAGGCCCGGCCUCACAUCUUCAUAGACGAGAAGCAUAUCCAGGAUGCUUUGAUCUGGCUCACUCAAAAGCAGAAGGAGAACGGCUGUUUCCGCAGUUCUGGGACGCUCCUGAACAAUGCCAUGAAGGGUGGAGUGAAUGACGAGAUCACGCUGACAGCCUACAUCGUUAUUACAUUCCUGGAGAUUCCUCUGCCUGUAACCCACUCAGUGGUGCGUAACGCUCUGUUC